AAUCAUCAUCCCUUCAAUUUUGGCCUUUGGGUCUUAGAGAGUGAGAUGCAGGUGCAAUCUUCCCAUGGAGUAUGCCUUUUUUGCCUUUUUCUUAUUUCUCCUCUUGAAUAUUUCUCAGCAUGUCAGUUCUCAUAAUUCCUCUAAAAUCCUGACAAAGUUUAGCCUAUUACCAGAAUGUAUGCAACCCAUCGAACAUGGAAGCAGUUUCAUUUCCAUCCCUACAUUGUCCAUGUCAAGGCAGCCUUCCCUGAUGGCACUUGCAGAACAUGGCAUUGGUUGUGUAAUUGUUUUUGAAUACUUAUUUUUCCAGUUGCAGGUCACGGAUGGAGGUACUACAAGGCAGGAUGUGCAGCAGGAUCUGACAGUGAUUGUCAGAACAUAUCAAAAAUCAGGUGUCCAAAAUACUGUUAUUGCAUGCAUUGCAGAAGCCUUCCAGCAGCAUGGUGAAAGUGUGGAUGAUUUAUGUGCCAUGCUUGUGGGUAUAGCACAGGCAAACCAGAUGUCAAAGAAAUUCCUAAAAUGAAAAAAAAGAUAAUUUCAACUCUUAUGCACUUCACUAUUCUUG